AUGAACUACUUACAAGUGCUCACAUCCCCAUGGCGCCUGCUCACGCCGCCUCCUCGCCGCGCGCCCUCAAACUGGGAACGAAGCUGCCAUGCAUUUGGCACCAACCCUAUUAACACAAGAAACACAGCUAGCGCGGUGGUCAACCGCGAUGCCUCAGCCCCAGGCCGCGUUGACCGUCGCAGCACAGCCAGCGCAGGCUCCCAUCGCAGCCUCUUCACCGUGGACGGGCUUCCGGAGGUCACAUUGCCCCCAGAUAACCCCCCCAUCCUCACGCUGCAUUUGGUCGACCCACCACGCUCUCGCAGCCAGCACUCACAUACCGUUCGGGGAAGCAACGGCGACAACGGCAGUAGCCGCAGCGCCACCCCGCAGCAGCUACAGCGCGACACAACGACCCUCAGCACCCUCAGGUGCCCUCCGCAACCCGCACAGGGUGGCGCCCUGGAUCCAAAUCAGUUGAAAAUCCCAACGGAAAUGCACGAUCCGGAUCCAGAUGGAGCUGCCUGGCCGGUGCAACGCGGCUGCGCCAACGGUUACGCGGGACCUGAACCCCGUUCUGGGAGCCUCCACGGCUGGGGCGAUGAGUUUGCAGCUGAUACUCAGCUCCGAAACCACCAGGUCUCAGAUCGGGUCCCAGGGCAACCUCUGCCGGCGCUACAGCCUCUCCCGGCACCCACCUUCCCACUCCCCUUUGUGUUGGGAGCGCCAGAGCGGCACCCGCAACAGCUGCCCAUGCACUUGCCGUACUCGUACGGCACCCAGGAUCCACAGCAACAACAGGAACAGGAACAGCAGCAGCAGCCGGCGCCGCAGGGGCCCCCGGUGCCGACCUUGACGUCCAGGUCCACAGACUUCCUCGGGCCCAUGCAUCACCUGCUACAGCUCCCCGGCGCCGCCGACACGUUCGUACACAAGGCCCGCCAGUACCGAACCUCAACGGAGCCUCCGCCGCCGCAGGACGCGGCCGCCGCCUCCGCUGCCUCCGCAGAGCCGUUGCUCGUCAUGAUGCCCCAACGAAGCGACGGCGCCAAGACCGCUCCCGCCGCCGCCGGCGCUCCUGCAGGCGACCUUGACGUCGUCGGCCCUGCGCCGUGGCCGCCGGGGUCGGCGGCGAGCCCCGCCCAGAUCGGCCCUGACGACGUACGGAACCCCAUGAGCUUCGAGUACGACCCCUCCCUGGAUCAUCCCCGUCAGCAUCAGCACCUGCAGGCGAAACAGCAGCAAGAUGGUUCGCCGCUCUUGUACGGCGAACCUCCCCAACCCAUCCACGGCAGCCGACCAGUGGGCGCCCCGACGGGCACCGCCGGUGGCGGCAGUGUACGGCCGGACGGAAGAACUCUCGCGGGUGACCGUACAGUGACCGUACAGGCUCCUGGCGGCGACCGCGGCAGCGACGGCGCUGAAGUCCUCACCGCCGACGGUCCGUUUGUCGUACUGGAGAUGAAAGGCCCGCGCGGCACGCCCAGCACGCACGCAGCCGCGGCGGCGGCGUUCCUGUCCGGCGCCUCCGCCUCACCGGCGGCACCUGACGCCGCCGUCGCGGCCGCGGGCAUGUCGCUGUCGCUGCGCGGCCGCAUGACGUCGUACUUUUCAAAAUGGCGCGGCGUCGGCGACACGUUGAUGCCGGCGGACCACCCCGUGGAUAUACUUUGGUCCUGGCUGGGUUCCUUCCUAUCCAUCUUGGUCGUUGCCGUACUGAAUCAGUACCUGACCCCGCACGUCAGCAUGCCCCUCAUGAUCGCCUCCUUCGGAGCCUCCGCCGUGCUGCUGUUCGGGGUGCCCGCGUCCAAGCUGGCACAGCCGAGGAACUUCCUAGGCGGCCAGGUGGUCUCCGCGGUGGUGGGUGUGCUGGUCCGCUUGGCGUUCAUGAGGGCGCCCGGGCUGGUGUGGAUGUCGGCAGCGCUGGGGAUGUCGCUGGCACUGGCGGUCAUGCAGAUAACACGUACCGUACAUCCGCCAGGCGGCGCGUCCGCGCUCAUUGCAUCUUCAGCUCUGUACAUCGGCCCUUGGUACGGCUUCAAGUUCGUACUAACUGUAUUUUUCGGUUGCUUAGCUAUGCUGGUGGUGGCCAUGGUUGUCAACAACCUCAGUGCCCGGCGGCGGUACCCGACCUACUGGUGGGGCAAGUGA